AUGACUAAAAAAAGUAAUUAUAAUUACUUGAACGAAGAAGAAGAUGAUGAUGAAUCACAAAUUGCGGAAUCUCCAAUGGCAUUAUUGGAUAAAAACAAUAGUUUAAAUAGAAAAAAGAAUGUAAAAUUUAAUUUAGAUACACCGUUACCAGUAAUUAGGGAUAAAUCUUCAACAUAUAGCGUAAAUAAUAAUAAUAAUAAUGGUUCGGGAAAUAAUACACUACCAUAUAUUAGUGAUUAUAAAGAUGAUUUUGACUUUAAGAGAUCAGAUUAUGAUUAUGAUGAUCUUGAAGAUGAAGAUAUGUUUGAUGAGCAUUCAUUUUAUAAAACAACUUACUCCACAAGAAAAUGUUUAAAUAGAUUAUUACUUUAUAUUAGACCCCAAAUUUGGUAUUUUGCAUUUGCAUUCUUAGCACUUUCAAUUACAACAUUAUGUCAACUAUCACUACCUUUUUAUUUCUCAAACGGACUUCAACAAACUAUAGCAGGUAAUGCAAUUAACCAAAUAAAUACAACUAUUAUAAAUGUAACGGAUAGUGGUGGUAAUCCAUCCCCAACACCAUCUAGCAAUACACCAACACCAUCUCCAACCAUACCAAGUCAUUUAGCAUUCCUCCAUAUACCAUUUUAUAAUUUUGAUUGGUUCGAACUUUGCAAAGUAAUUCUUUUAAUUAUUUUGGUACAAACACCAUUUUUAUUUAUUAGAUAUUUAUUAUUUACAUUGGCUGGCUUCAGUGUUGUAACAAAACUAAAGCGUGAUCUUUUCAGAUCAAUGUUAACUCAAGAAGUAUCCUAUUUUGACUCUAAUAGGUCCGGUGAUAUUAAAGCUGUUAUUGCUUCAGACUCUUCAAUAUUACAAAAUUGUUUAACAGUUUCAUUAUCAACAUUGGUUAGAUGUAUAUUACAAUCAAUUGGUGGAUCAUUAGUUUUGAUGUUUUUAUCAUGGAAGGUCACGUUAUUGUUAUUUUCAUUUAUUGUAGUAUUAAUUGGAUCCUAUAUAAUUUUCAAAAAUAUAAUUUAUCCAAGAUUCAUUUAUAUUCAAGAUAAGCAUGUAAAUAUUGGCACCAUUAUAGAUGUCUCAAUUGAAAAUAUAAGAGGAAUUCGUUUAUUAAAUGCGGAAAGUAAAGAAUUAAGAAACUUUGAAACAGAAUUAGAGGCAUUAUUUAGGGCAUCACGUUCAUUCACAUUAUUGAAUGCAUUUUGGAUCUCUUUAGGUAGUUUGGUUGUAAUGUUGCUUAUAGUUGCAAUCUAUCUAUUUGCCAUCAACGAAACUUUGGAAAACAACAUCAUGUUACUUCAAUAUAUAUUAUAUGGUUUAAUGGUGACUGCAGCAAUAAAUGGUUUAAUAGGGUCGCUAAAUGAACUUCAAAAACUCGUUUCAUCAUGUCAAAGAAUAUUCUCACUAAUCGAUCGUAAACCAAUCGUUCAUUUCCAAGGUGGAAUCACUCCAACCAUAGAGCAAGAUAUCACAUUUGAGUCUGUAUGGUUCCAUCAUAAAAAUAGUAGCACCAUGUUAUUAUCCGAUAUCUCAUUUGUAGUUUCAAAGGGUCAAAUAGUGUCAUUAGUAGGCCCAUCACAAUCUAAAGAGACUAUUUUCUCACUAGUUCAAGGUUUAUACUAUCCAACUCGUGGUGCUAUCUAUGUCGAUAGAAUUGACUCCAAAGUAUUGGAUCUCUAUUUCUUUAGAAAUCGUCUUUCAACCAUCACAUCAAAUACUAUUAUUUUUGAAGGAACAGUUGAACAAAAUAUCAGAUAUGGUCUAUCAACUCUAUCAAAUCAAAAUGUUAUUGAAGCAUCAAAAAAAGCAAAUCUACACGAUUUUAUUAUAAGCUUACCACAUGGUUAUGAUUCAACAAUUGGAAAAAAUAAUUUAUUAAACUCAUUACAAUGUCUAAAAAUAUCAAUUGCAAGAGCAUUUUUAAGAAACCCAUCAGUUUUAUUAAUUGAUGAAACCUCAUUAGGUUUUGAUUCAAACGAAAUCGAAGAAUCUUUAGAGUUAUUGGUUAAAAAUAAAACUUCUAUUAUAAUUGCAAAUAAAUUAUCAACACUAAAGAAAUCAAACCAAAUUUUAGUUUUUGACGAUAAUAGAAUUGUUGAAAGAGGAACCCAUGAUGUUUUAUCAUCCAAUACCAAUAGCUUUUAUUCAACAUCAGUUUUAAAACAAUUUAAAUAA